CACUCCCUCUCCACAACUCCUGCCUUCAUUUGGCUCCGACAGGCGGGAAGAGCGCGGGGCCUCAUCACGUUCCUGCGAGAAAAACAGCGUCGCAUUUGAAUGAGCUGUCUCAGGAAUCCCCUCCGAGCCGCCCCCUUCAGACCGAACACGUGAGGAGAAGAAAGGGCAGGACUAAAACAUCAGCUCUGCGGAAAGAACCUCAGAGAAACCUCCCAGAGAAUAACCCAGGCUCAUCCUCCUACAGCUGCUGUAGCCUCUCCUCUCUUUGCAGACCCCUGUCCUUGAAACUAUCUCCUCUUAGAUCGAGCAUAUCCGAGGCGACGGUGACAGGAGACCAAGCCCAGAGAGGGAGAGGACGAAGGGAAGCAACAAGCACCCGGAGACAGAGGGUGUGACGGGGGAGGAUGGAGGCCCUGCUUCCUGUGCUGAGGAGUCGCCCAGGCCUCUCAGUGCUGGUGAGCUCACUGAUUUUCAGGGUGGUACACAAACUUCUGCAAAGACUGCCUGUGCCCAAGCUGGUGAGGCACGAUGACUUCCGCUUCUGGAAGUGGAAGAACCUCUCUGUCUCUAUGGUGCACUCCCUGCUGACUGGAACAUGGGCCUUGACAUGUGUCCUCGUGUGGCCCGAGACGCUGAUGAACCUCCACUCCUACCACACGCCGCUGUCUUACCUGCUUGUCUGCGUCUCAACAGGGUACUUUGUGCAUGACGCGGGUGAUAUCAUCUUGACGGGACAUGGAAGAGGAUCAUGGGAAUUCUUACUCCAUCAUGCGCUGGUGAUCUCCUGUUUCCUGUACGCCCUCUUCACUCAGCUGUACGUAGCCGGCGCCGUCAUCGCCCUCUUCGUGGAGGUCAACAGUGUCACGCUGCAUCUGAGGCUGAUGCUGAAACUGUGCGGCGCUCAGUCGUCCUCCAUGUUCCACAUCAACAAAUACGUCAACUUCUUCACCUACGUGGUGUUUCGUCUGGGCACCCAGUUUUACCUCUCCCGGUAUAUCUUUCACAAUUACUCCUGGAUGGACCGUGGUGGAUUCUUCCUCAUCAGCAUGAUGAUGAUGAAUAUCAUGAUCCUGAUUUAUUUCUACCGCCUGAUCCGUGCUGACUUCUUCCCUCGGAGUAAGAGCUACGUGGGACAGAACGGGACUCAGAGCAGCAACUCCAAAAAGUUCCUCACUGAUUGAUUGGAGGAAAGUUUACGGGACUUUAUUGCGAUUUUUAUUCAGGUUGGGAGUUUACAAAUGUUCCCUUUUUAAACUAUAACUGACACCAUUUCUCGUGAUGACAGGUUCCUUUGUUGUGUCUCUCUGCCAAAGAACAACCCCCCAAGAAUAAUACUUACUGGUGGAAUAAGAAGCAGCCUUGUUCAGGGUUUGCUUUCUACAGAUGUUGGAGAGUCAGUGAAUUGGCUUUUUAGAAGGAGAACUCUGAAAAUCAAGCAACAUUUCACUGACUAUUAAGAUGUUACUGCUUUGAACAGAUUAAAAAAUCCUCUAGCAAGACAACAACUUGUUUUUGUACACAUUAAAUGAAAGACCCAAACGUUAGCUAUUCUUCUUAAAAAAAUGUAGCACUGGUCAGGAAGCAGUUAGCUGAUAAUAAGUUAUCUUGGUUUUACUUAUUUUACUUGAGAAUAAAAGGUAUGAAUGACGAAUAUUCAGCUUUUUCAACUUGAAUAUGGAUGAUAUGUCGUGAACGCAUUAUUUGCGUACAAAUACAAGAGUUGCAUCGAUAUUCUCAUUCAGCUCUCAGCUAGAAAUGGAAGUCGAAAUGUUUAAUACGUACGUUUGAAUUGUGACAUUGCAUUUAAGAUUUGCUGACGACCAAGCCAUAUAUCUUUAACAUUUGAAAUUGUCUAGAAUAAUAGUAUUUUGAUGGAGGGAAAUAGAGCCUGUAAACAUUCUUUUUGGGGCAGUGAUUCCUAAUGUGUUGUUAUCAAACCCUUAUGAAAAAAAGAAAUUAAAAUAGGUUUGAUAUUUUACAGUUUAACCAAAAACUUAUAGCUGAAAAGGAAAAGAAAACAAAUAAAACCAAAGAUAUAGAAGUUGAAUUAGGAUAUUACGUAAGAUAAAGAUAUAAAUACAUAUCUUUCCUGCAUUGUUUUAUUCUAUUCAAAUAAAAGUUUGCAUUUGAUGUUGGUGCAUGUCGGGGAAACUCAAAACAGUGAUAUCCCAUAUGUCUGUGAAAGGCUCAUAUCUGGCUCUAGUUGGAAUAUCAGAGGGACGUGGGAGAAACCUUCAUAAUGAGCAGGCAGCAAGACAAUCAGGACUGAUACCACGUUACGAGGAUCUAGACACGAUGUGGAGGGACAGAAGAACAUCUGCACUGAGUGUGCUUGGUUAAGAAGUAAUAGUACUUUUACAGAUUAGAUUUUUUUUUUUCAAGAUAUCAAAAGACGAUAUUCUGAUGAAGUCGUGAGUCAUCUUACUUUACUCAAAAGCAGAUCUAUAGCAUUUUUUUAAAUACAUGUGGAUUCCUUUUAAUAUUUUAAAGGAUGACACAAGUGCCCAGCAUCGAACCAUUAGUGGCCUCAAAAUGCAGGUUUUGCGAAUCAUGACAAAAAAACGUAAAUGUGCUGACAGUGACUUUUCAAAUAAUGAUCAGUACAUUUCGUUUUCCAUUUCAGCCGUCAGCAACAAAAUCAGACAGAGAUGUUUGGACACGUCUGAGCUGUGCUACAGUGCCUUCACCGCAGUGCCUUUUAAAGACAUACAGACACAGUGGGUUACAGAAUGAUAUGUGUGUUUGUAAAAGCUGAGAGAUUAUUGAGUUUAACAUUAAAUACAAUUCCGUAUGGUUUAACAGAUUGUCACGAAAUUCUGAAAAAAAAAGUCUGUGAUUAAUGCAACAGAAAGUCUGCCAUUUUGGAUUUUGUGGCUAUUUUACACGUGUAUUUGAACGAACCCAUCAUAGAGCUUUCAUCAGAUCAACUUCAAAUUCAUUGAGAGUCAUCUUAACAAGUUGGAGAUUAAAACUAAAUCAAGUUGUGAGUUUCCAUCAAACAGUGUGGCCGCGGUUUAGCGUCAGAUUUUUACGAAUCACCAUCAAAACACAUAGUGGUAGUAAUAGCACCACCUACCGCCAAAAGGAAGUUAGCCUCGUUUUAAAACUUUAAUUCGAUUAACACAAAAUGUUCACUCUGUGGUCCAUGCUUGAUUUUGUGGACCUUAAUGCGUGAUUAGUGGGUGUGGUCCAGCGCUGCAUGAUGGACGCAGGAAGUGACGUGCUUCCUGUGAUACACAAAACACACACAACACGGAGCCAUUUUGCAUGAGGUCCUGAGAUCACAAGUGCUCGGGCCCACACAGUGCUGCUCGCAGCCCCAGCGUAUCAUGUAUCUUGUAUUUAAUUGACAACUGUUUUUAGGAGCCUUGUAUUUUGGAUUGCUGAGUGAAACCAUGAAUUAAAAAAGUAUUUAAAAUAA